AGGUGCAUGGUGCGAGGGUCAAUAUGCCGCUACCCGUCCAAGUCUUCAAUUUGCAGCAGCUGGCGAGCUCUGUGUCAGGGCGAGGGGGUACAGAGAGUCAGGACAGGAUGAGGGAUAGUUCAGUUCCAAGCUCAGCUUCCUCGUCAGUGACAGAUCUAUACAACACUCCCCGCAGCAGUAGGUCAGACCUCUUCCUCCCAGGUACAUCUGGAGACUUCAGCCUGAGUGCCUGCUUAUCAGCCUGCACCCUACUUUAUGAGCAAUGGACAUUAACACAACAUCAGGAUUACCCAACUAUACUAAAGCUAAGAAAACUGCAGGACUGGUUUGGGAUCCUUUGUUUCAUGGGUGCGGUAGAGCCCAUGCAGAUUGAUGUAGAUCCCCAAGAAGAUCAGCAAAAUGCACCUGAUAUCAACUACGUGGUGGAGAACCCAACUCUGGAUCUGGAGCAGUAUGCAGCAAGUUACAGCGGCCUGAUGAGGAUCGAGAGAUUGCAGUUCAUUGCUGACCACUGCCCACAGCUGCGAGUGGAAGCCCUGAAGAUGGCGCUCUCAUUUGUCCAAAGAACAUUCAAUGUGGAUGUUUAUGAGGAGAUUCACCGGAAGUUGACUGAAGCUACCAGAGAGCUGCAGAACACACCUGACGCUGUCCCAGACGGUGGGAUAGAGCCCCCUCCCCUAGACACAGCAUGGGUCGAGGCUACACGCAAAAAAGCUCUUCUCAAACUGGAAAAGUUAGACACAGAUCUUAAGAAUUAUAAAGGAAAUUCAAUCAAGGAAAGCAUCAGGAGAGGCCAUGAUGACUUGGGAGAUCACUACCUUGACUGUGGAGACCUCAGCAAUGCCCUUAAAUGUUAUUCACGAGCCCGUGAUUACUGCACCAGUGCAAAACAUGUUAUUAACAUGUGCCUCAAUGUUAUCAAGGUCAGUGUUUAUCUUCAAAACUGGUCCCAUGUCCUGAGCUACGUGAGCAAAGCAGAAUCCACGCCAGAGAUUGCAGAGCAAAGAGGAGAACGGGACAGCCAGACACAGGCCAUCCUUACCAAAUUGAAAUGUGCCGCAGGCUUGGCUGAACUAGCUGCCCGGAAGUACAAGCAGGCAGCAAAGUGCUUCCUGUUGGCCUCAUUUGAUCACUGUGACUUCCCUGAGCUGCUCUCUCCUAGCAAUGUAGCUGUAUAUGGUGGCCUGUGUGCACUAGCAACUUUUGACCGACAAGAAUUGCAACGUAAUGUCAUCUCCAGCAGCUCCUUCAAACUGUUCUUAGAGCUAGAACCACAGGUGCGUGACAUCAUCUUCAAGUUCUAUGAAUCCAAAUAUGCUUCAUGUCUCAAGAUGCUGGAUGAGAUGAAGGAUAACCUACUAUUGGAUAUGUACCUGGCACCUCAUGUGAGAACACUUUACACCCAGAUACGAAAUCGGGCCCUUAUCCAGUAUUUCAGCCCCUACGUGUCAGCAGACAUGCGCAAGAUGGCCACUGCUUUCAACACUACUGUGGCAGCUCUGGAGGAUGAGCUCACUCAGCUGAUCCUAGAGGGGCUAAUAAAUGCCAGAAUAGAUUCCCAUAGCAAGAUUUUGUAUGCCAGAGAUGUUGACCAACGCAGUACCACCUUUGAAAAGUCCCUGCUCAUGGGAAAGGAGUUUCAGCGUCGCGCCAAAGCUAUGAUCCUACGAGCUGCUGUCCUGCGUAAUCAGAUCCAUGUCAAGUCUCCUCCACGAGAAGGAAGCCAAGGUGAACUCACUCCAGCAAACAGCCAGUCCCGGAUGAGCACCAACAUGUGAAGCUCUCUGAGCCAACAAAAGACUGUCCCUUCCCUCCCUGCCCCACAUACCCAGGGCCAUGUGUAUCCAGUAUCCACAACAUCAACUGUCCCUUGGUGCCUUUUCAGACUCUCUGGCUGGGGGGGGGGGCAGGCAGGGGGGGGGGGCAAGACAUUGAAGGCAAGCUUUGAGAGAGUCUGAGAACUCCUUUUAGACCAGACGACGUUUGUCAGAUGCAGCCCUUUGAGAAUAUGCAAGCCUGCGAGUGCUGGCUUCCUCCUAUCCUUCCCGGGGUUUCCCACAAACAGAAGCUGAUCUUGGUUUCAUUCAGCUGCCAAAAGAGCUUUGUUGUUUUUGUUCAGUAAAAGAUAAAUGGCAUGAAUUUGGAGGACGUGUGUUCGUGCAAAACUUCUCAUUUGUACGAACGCAUCAUCUCAGACCCUGAGAGUCUCUCUUGGACAGCCUCACAGGAAAACAGGCAUCCUUUCCAUUUAUUCACUUCAGGGCUGUGUUUUCACUCACCUGGAAUCAGCUCCAUUUUAAUCUGUUCUUCCUGUGUUUUUUUUAAAGUGUGUGCUCUGGCUUGUUUUCACAUCCCCAGACCUCAGAUGAAUAGUUGGUUCCUUUGAUAUUCGCUGCUCCAAAUGGGAUAGGGGGUGGCAUAUAUGGAAUUGUCUCCCCCUGCACUUGGGCAGGACCUGCCUGGCUGCCUGCACUACUACUUUUUAAUUGACUUUGUAACAAAAGGGGUAUGUGGUUACAGGCUUGACUCAGAUUGUGUUGGUUAACAAGCGUAGGUUGAGUGUUUGAGUGUUCCACAGUUGCUUACAUUUGGGGAGGUUCAUUGGAGUUCAUCCCAAGGAAGCAGUUACAAAUUUGGAUUUAACUCUUGCCAAUUUAUCUACUUUUCCCAGACACUGUUAAUGUUGUUUAGUUUAAAACCACAUUCUCUCCUAUGCAUUAAAAUCAUAAUUGCAAUGAUAACUGCAGAUCUGAGCAUUAAUUCUUGCUCUCCUCCACAAACCCCUCAACUCAAUUAUACUCUAGUACAGAUAUCCAGAAGGUGCAAUUCUGAAAUUAAGGAUUGCUUGAAUUACAAUCCUAGAUGAUACUGAACUCGUCUUUUUUGUUGACCUUUUAAUCCUAGGGUUAUACCAUUUUUAUAAAAGUACGGAAAGAAAUCAGUGAGACAGAUGAUCCAUAUGUAAUCUACAUAAUUUAAUGGGAGCUUUACAAGUAGUACUAUAUGAUAUUUAACAUAUUUCGAUGCAAAAUAUAUAAGGAUUCCUUACCUUAAAAGAAUCCAUAUGCAUUUAGUGCAGAAAUAUUUUGAAUUUUCCUCAGACAUCAAGGCAAUGUGUAUCUAUAUUGUGACCUAACGGCCACUUGAAAACAAAUAGGCAAAACUAAUGAUGAAGAUAGUAUAAUGUAAUAAAUAAAGCACACCAUUACAGUAAGCAAGCUUAAAACAAACUGCCUAAGCCAAAUAAACAAUUUUAACUCAGUAUUGAAAAAAAAAUGACACUGCAGUAUAUAAACCUUGACUUCUCUUAAUCUGCUGAGUCAUAUUACAUUAUGGGUCAAGUUAGGGAAUGGUUCUUGUGUUUCUUAAAUGUUGAGAUUUUCAGAAUCUAAGCCAUUUAAAAGGUUUCUUACUUUCGUUGCUCACAAACACAAUUAAAAAUGAAAUUGCAAUCCUUUCCCGUUAUUGUUCCAUAUGGGUUGGUCUUCUGCAGUACUUGAGAAGCUAUUCUUGAAGUAGUUAUAUGGAUUAUUAGUAGUAGAUUUAGCUGCUGCUGUUACUUUUGCUACAUUUGUACUUUUUGUUAGAAGAUAUUUCACUUUUCUAUUUUCACUUUUUUUUUCAUUUUAUAGUUCUCUAUAUUCCAUACAUUUCUUUGGUCUCUAAUAGUUAGCAUUCCUAACGAAAUACAGGUAGUCCUGAAUUUACAACAGUUCACUUAGUGACCAUUCAAAGUUACAACGGUACUGAAAUAAGUGACUUCUGACCAUUUUCACACUUAUGACCAUUGCAGCAUCCCCACGGUCACGUGAUUUACAUUUGAAUGCUUGAUAGUUGACUUACAUUUAUGACGGUUGCAGGAUACCAGGGUCAUGUGAUCACUUUUUGCGAUCUUCUGACAAACCAAGGCAAUAGGGAAACCAGAUUCACUUAACAACCGUGUUACUAAUUUAACAACUAGAGUGAUUCACUUAACAAAUCUGGCAAGAAAAGUAAUAAAUUCCCACUUACCAACAUACAUUUUGGGCUCAAUUGUGGUUGUAAGUUGAGGACUACCUGUAAUUGUUUUUUGAGGCGAUGGGUAAGGUACAGUCUGGAUUAACAAGAAAGCUAGUCUGAAGGUACUUAACCAUAGGGCUUGAUGGGAAACUAAGAAUCUGAUGUGUAAUAUACCCAGUACAAUAAGGAAAGAUACAUAUUGUUUUCAAGUCUGUAUGGCAUGCCAGGGUUAUCUAUACUGAACAAAUCUUUCAAAUCUUUGUUCUAAGAAGUUUUGAGCAUCUUAUGUCACUGGUAUAAAGGAAGUUUGAUAUCCUUUCAUGGGCAUGAGGGAGUUGUUCUUAAUGCAGCACCACUUCUGGAUAGGAAAAGGGUCAUGAAAAACAAACUGUAGUACUGAGAAUAUUAUUGGUAGUUCUUGAGUUAUUACGACAAUUGAGCCCAAAAUUUCCAUUGCUAAGCAAGGCAGUAGUUAAGUGAAUUGCAUCUCAUUUUAUGAGUAUUUUACCACAGUUGUUAAGUGAAUCAUGCCAUCGUUAAGUGAAUCUGGCUUCCCCCAUUACUUUGCUUGUCAGAAAUUGAUUAGGAAGGUUAUAAAUGGUGAUCACGUGACUUGGAGACUGUAACUGUCAUAAAUAUAUGUCAUUUUGAUUAUAUGCCCAUGGAGAUGCUACAAUGGUCAUAAGUGUGAAAAUGGCAAUAAGUCACUUUUUUCAAUACUGCUUUAACUUCAGUCACUAAAUGAAUGGUUGUAAGUUGACAACUUGCACCUAGUGGUCCCAUUUUAAGGAUUUCCUGGCUUAUAAGAAGAUAGAUGUGAUAUCCCUAAGGAGCUCAUAUACCUUAACAGAAUACUUAAUAACUCUUUUAAGUAUCUCCAAACUCAUAGCCAUUUUGUUGGCAGUCAUAACUUUCAUCCACUAACAUCAGUGGUUUUUCUGACAUCUAAUUUCUUCAAACUGUCGAGUUUUAGAAAAAUUGGAAGGUAUAUUACGCCAACGAUGUGUGAAUCAACAAAUAAUCAACACUUAACAUUGCUAGAGGGAGGUGUCUUUGGGUUUAAUUCACUUAAAGCCUUCAAGUUAUUAAUAAAAAGAGCUGCUUUUAUUACAAGCUGUUUUUAAGCUCUGUGAGAAGGCAAGUAAGAUGCAACUUUAAAAAUCAAAUAUACAGGGCACAACAUAAGUAAAUUUGCAGUAAAUUGGACAAAAAUAUGCAGAGCAAAAUGUAAUUCAGAUAGGCUACAUUUAUAAUUUCAAUUUAAAAGGCUGCUCAAAUUCAAAACUGAUUCUAGGCAGCAUACAAUUACAACUUAAGAAGAAACAAAAGGACUAUUACAGAACAAGGAAAUGGAUAUCACAACCAAAGCAGACUACAAAUCAAAUGGCCCCGCCACUGAUCUCUCCUAUACUUGGAGUAAAAGCCAGGUUUUUAGAGAAUGUUUAAAAGCUUGUAGGGGCAGGGUGAAUCCAAAUCUUUCUAAUUUUGACCUCUGCCUAUUGAGGUCUAUAAACACAUUUGUGAUUUAUUGCUGUGAGUUCCAGUGGCUAUUCCCCCCCCCUCUUAAGGAAGUCUCUGACUCCCGUUACAAAGACUUAAUGCAUGGAGGGAUAGAGAAACUACUGCCACAGAUUUUGGCCCUAACUUCUAUCUAAAUUCCAGUACUGCUGAUAAUUUUAGCUCAAGUUUAUCUGAACUUAACAGUUAUGCCAUAUUGGGGCAUUCACAUGUUGCAAGAGACAUUUUGGUCUAGAAAGCAGGAAAUUAUGAGUUCACAUCCUGUCUUAACUAUGAAAGCAAGCUGGGUGCCUUUGGGCCAAUCAGUCUCGGCAAAAUCAAUCCACCUCACAGGGUGGUGGUUGUAGGGAAAAUAGGAAGAGGAAGGUUUGGCAUUUUGAAUCUGAAAAAAUAACAAAAGUGAGAUACAAGUUAAAUAAAUUAGGGACUAAAUUAUAGAACAGCUGUAGUUGCUGGAAAACAGCAUAAAUCUCUGGUUUACCACAGUGAUAUCCAACUGGAGAGUCUUUCAUCAAUAUAUUUUCUCUUUCCUUAGCUGCCUUGGCUGAGUCAGUCCAGUGUUUUUCAACCUUGGCUGCCUGAAGAUGGGUGGACUUCAGCUCCCAGAAUUCCCCAGCCAGCCAUUGGCCUACUCCCAGUUCUGCCGCUGUAAGCAGUGUAACAAUCAAUGCAAUGUAGAAGUGAUGCUGGAAUUGAUGUUCAAAGCCCCACCUACCUGCCAGAUGAAAGCCCCAGUCUUUGAGACUUGGUUCCAACCUUUGUCAAACAUGCAGAAUAGGGUUCUGCUUGGGGGGGGCAUUUUUAAGUAAUUGGAACCCCCCCCCCAAAAGCUAGGUUGAGCAAGCUACAAACUGUUUUCCUUCACAUGGUGAGACUCUUGAAAAGCAGGGCAUUAUUCUCCAUUCAGACGGGCAGGUACCAGUAGAUUAGCUGCUUGGUUUCUAACCCAGCUCUGUACGCAGGUCCUUAUCUUUCCUAACUCCUUAAUAUGUGCAAAUUAAAGCAUGACUCUAGGCCUUGGUAAUCCGUAAUCCAUAAGAAAGUAGCAUGCUCCCUACUUAGAUUUACAUUUUCCUCUCUGCGUGAGAAGCUUGCCCUGCAAAAUGUAAUCUCAAUCUUUUCUUAUAUAAAAGGGAGGGGGGGAAUUUAAAGAUGAGACAUUCGGAUAAGCUCCAGCCCUGCUUCCUGAUCCCCACAUGGAAGAUGGCGCAGUCUGCUAAAGUGCAGCUUCACCUCCAUGGAUGUGAAUUUGUGAAUGAAUGAGAGAGCAAGCAUCUACCCCUUAGCAAUCCCUGACCUGCACUCAAGGGUCAGAGAAGCAAAUCCUGUAGUAGGUGUGAGGCAAAAGCAAAGAGAAAGCUGACAACAUAGGCUGGAAUGAAAGGAGGUGAAGGUGUGUCUGGCAGCUAUACAAUAAAUUGUCAGUAGUUAAAAUAAUCUCUCUCACCCUUUUGAAAGUACAGCUAUGACUAUGAUUUGCAAAAUGGCUCUGAAGAUUGGAUACGUGAUGGCUACAGAAACUUUAUGGUAAAUAGGAAUUAAAAAUCAUGCAUGAUUCUUAAUGUUGCUUCAUAUUCUCGGUCAUGACGUUUCAUAUAUCUAUUAAUUUAUUAGUCAUCCUAUGUUUAUACAAUAAGCUUUACUGGGUUAUUAGGGUAGUGUUAAAAAGGAAAUUUGUACUAGAUUCUGCCAUUUAGCCAGGCUAUUGAGAAAAUUUAAGAGAGUUAACUCUCUAGUCCAGGGGUCUUCAACCUUGGCAACUUUAAGCCUGGAGGACUAUCUGGCUGGGGAAUUCUGGGAGUUGAAGUCCCGCAGGCUUAAAGUUGCCAAGGUUGAAGACCCCUGCUCUAGUCAGACCCUAACAAAGGAGGGUGGGUGGGAGUGGGGAGGGGAGGCUGCUCCAAGAAGUCCAUCAGAGUCCUUUUAACACCCUUAGGGCCCCAGGAAGGAAGACUGAAAGAAGAAAGGACUGUGUGUAUAUGUGUGUGUGUGAAAAAAUCUACUGGUUUGGGGCAGCUAAAACAGCCCCCAACAAAUUACUCUUAAGACAACAGACACUUUUCAGCACUGAGAGGUCACUAAUGGUGUGUACAGCUAGUGAACAAAGAAGUCCGCUGGGAGGAUUGACUGUCUCAACUCCUAUUUGCUAGAAGUUACAAACAGAAUAAACUUUUAACAAAUAUACAGGAAUGCAACAGGGGACGAUAGUCACAUGCCUAUAUAGAUUAAUUUAUGCCCCUCCCACACACCCAACAUAUAAAUAAUAAAUAUAGCUAUGUAUUUAAAUGAUGAACUAUAAAUUGCAGUAAUUGAAAAAAGUGCCUAGUUUCAUCACAGUAAUUAAUUUUGGAUUGGAUUGGUACUAAUACCACUCGAUAAAGCCUUAGCAAGACCACACCUAGAAUACCUAGACGUGAUAGCAGUGUUUCAAUAUUUGAGGAGACGCCACAGAGGAGGGGGGUCAAGCUAUUUUCCAAAGCACCUGAAGGCCAGACAAGGAAUAAUGUAUGGAAACUGAACAAAGAGAUUCAACUUGGAAAUGAGAAAUUUUCUGGCAGUGAGAGUAAUCAACCAAUGGAACAGCUUGCCUUCAGAAGUUGUGGAAGCUUUCAAGAAGAGACUGGACUGUCAUCUAUCAGAAAUGGGGUAGGGUCUCCUGCUUGGGUGGGGGGUUGGACUAGAUGACCUACAAAGUCCCUGCCAACUCUGUUAAUCUGUUAAAAUUUGUUAAGGCUUCAUCCUUACUCCACAGUGUGGUUUAAAAUAGCUGCAUUUCAGAGGAAAUGGUAAAUGAACUACAAGAUCAUAGCCAUCUACCACUAAGCUGCAAUGAUGAAAUAUACACUUGAUGCCAUAUUGCAAACUGCCCUUUUCUUUUUAUCCCAACUUUAACUGCAAGUAUGUAAUCACAGGGUUUGUAUAACACAUGACACACAUCUCAUCUCCUCCCUCUUGAUGCCCUCACUCACUGGAUGCCUAUGUAUGAGAUAUUGGGAUUUCCUUAUUACAAAAUAUUAACUUGACACAUUGGCAGGAAAAUGGACAAAAGUGUGUGUGUGUGUGUUAAUAUUGUUAGAAAACCUGAUUAAAAGGUUACUAAAGCAAUAUAUUGUAAUAUAAUAAAUUGCAUAUGGAUGCACAAUC